AUGCAUCGACCCAAACACAGAAACACCCACUCGGUCCACUACAACAGCCAGACGGCGGUGGCCAAAGACCAAUUGGCGUUUAAGCUGCGCUCGUACGGGUAUCUGAUUCUGGCGCUAAGUGCGACUGUGUUUGUGGUCACCGUUGGCACCAUGCUUGGCGCCUGGAAAUGGGUGUUUUCCAGGCCUCUAAUGGCCCCCUGGGUUGCGAGCUCCAAAGUGGUCGACAGCGAGGGCGACGAAAUCAUAGACAGUUACUAUUUGUUUGCAUUUGCGCUGAAUUUCGUCAUUCUGUGGAUCUGGUGCGUUGUUUCUUGGAUAAGCAUGAAACUUUUCAGACAUAGCAAGGGAAGUGGCUACUUCUCUCUUCCAGCAGAAACGGCUCCGCCAGAAAUCAGCCGUUUGAUCUCCUUUUUGGACACGUUGGCCAUGGACUUUUGCAGCAGCGCUCCUGCGCAUGCCAGAUCGUCUUUGGAAACAACGGUCAGCAUUUUCUGGCGUCUGAAAGCGUCCAGCACCCGGUCAACAUCAAAAUCUUUAUCCUCGUACAACGCAUCGCUGAUCAGAAGAUUGGCCUCUCCUUCGCCCUCACCAUGGAUCAGAUCGCACAUCUCAACCGCCAGAAUUCGCUGUCCCAGCCGCAGGGACUUAUUUUGCUCAUGGAACUCGCAGAUCCGCGCUAUCAGUCCCGUUGGAAGCAGAGAGAAUUUGUACAGUAAGUUGGAAACGUCAGCGUCCAAAGUGUUGUACAGAAAUUGGUACAUGUUGAACGAGGACGUGAAGUUCUUGUCGAUGAACACAGCGUUCCCUGCGCUCUUCCCAAAUUUGACUCCGUUCGCCGUGGUGAGCAGAGGAACAGUGAUUCCAAAAGCAGAACUUUUCUUUCCUGGAGUCAGCCGGUCGAUCAGAUCCAGUCCAGCAACGAUGUUUCCGUACUGGUCGUUGCCGCCGACCUGGAUAUCCACCUGGUGGUGGUGUUUCAGAUGGUAG